UUCUGAGUCUUUCUGCUUCCUUCCUUCCUCCUUUCCGCCAAACGAAGGAUAGGCACGAAGAGGCCUAAGGGAAAGGAAGAGAGGAGAGGUAGAAUGGACAGAGUGAGAGGCAGUGUUGGUCAUGGAACAGAAGAAGAGGAGGUGGACGAGAGUCGGAUUACAGGGAGCAGCUUGAAUCGAUAACAGUCGUCUGUUAGAUGUCACGAGAGGACUGAGUGUUUGCUUUGCUGGAUAGAGGAAGAAAACGUCGAAGAAAAUCGGAGGGGUAGGGAUUCGGGGGGCUAGAGGGUCGGAGGACUUUGAGCGCAAAGAAGGAGAAGACGAGAGAAGAGAGAAAGGGGAGCGGAAGAGUUAAUUGAUAAGGAUGGACGUCAUACCCACUGGUUGCAUUGAUGUCAAUGUAUGAGGAAGAGAAGGAUGAGUAGGUCGAAGGAGGCGAACAGUGCGGCGAAGGAAUUAGAUAGGCAAUUGAAGUCUCGUUUGAAUUGUUCUUCUGGUGGUGAAACGAUUGUCCUAGAUCACUCGUAUUUUACAAACUAGUACAAUUGGUUGAUUGAGAUUGUCUAGACCGAAAACGAAGGAAGUCACAGCUAGGAAUUACCUAAGAGGGCAGUGGUUAGAAGCAUACAUAUUGAAGUUCUCUUGAUCAAUUAUACGAUCAGGUCAGUAGUAGGGAUCGAGAAGGUUGAAUCUAACCCAGAUAAAGACUCAGUACAAGUAGACAAGCAUCACAGAGGGCGGAGACAGGUGCUUUAAGAUGGUGAGGUUCGGGAGGUAUGCGGCAGCCAGUGCUGUAGGGGCCUCCGCAGUGGUGUUUCAUGCGUUCAAAAGUAGAGAACAGUUCUAUCCGGCCAUGUUGUAUCUGGCAACAUCGAAAAUAAGUCUGGUGCUGUUACUUAACAUGGCACUUGUAGUAAUCUGUGCCAUUUGGCAGUUGAUCAAGGGAUUGUUCCUCGGACCAUUAAGGGAGGUCGAGGUUGAGCGCCUCAAUGAGCAAUUAUGGAGGGAGGUGAUGGAGAUUUUAUUUGCAAUGACCGUGUUUCGAGAUGAGUUCAACGUAUCAUUUGUGACCACAAUCAUUGUUCUGCUCUUUAUCAAGGCCUUUCAUUGGCUUGCACAAACUAGGGUCGAGUAUAUUGAGACAACACCUUCUGUUUCACGGCUCUCCCAUGUACGCAUCAUCAGUUUCAUGGCGCUUCUGCUCAUUUUGGACUGCGUUCUGUUCAACCACUCGUUCUCUGACCUGCUUAGAACCAGACGAGCAUCGGUCUCUUUAUUUUUUGCCUUUGAGUAUGUCAUAUUAGCCACUGCCACCAUCGCUACAUUUGUAAAGUAUUCACUCUAUCUCGGCGACUUAUUCAUGGAAGGUCAAUGGGACAAUAAGGCUGUUUAUGUUUUCUACCUCGAGCUUGUGCGAGACCUGCUACAUCUUUCUCUUUACCUCUUCUUCUUCCUGGUGAUCUUCAUACACUAUGGACUCCCGCUACAUUUGGUACGUGAACUUUACGAGACUUUUCGAAAUUUCAAGACGAGGGUUGCCGAUUUUAUACGUUACAGGAAUAUAACUUCGAACAUGAAUGAUCGCUUUCCUGAUGCUACUCCAGAAGAGCUUGGCAGGAGUGAUGCUACCUGUAUCAUCUGUCGAGAAGAAAUGUCUACAGCAAAGAAACUCCCUUGUGGCCAUCUUUUCCACAUACAUUGUCUUCGGUCCUGGUUAGAGCGACAGCAGACAUGCCCAACAUGUCGAUCUUCUGUUUUAGCUGCGGAAGCGGGAAUGGGAGCAGCAAAUCCUGCUGCUCCUCAUCAGCUCCUGCAAAUCGAAGGCCGAUCGUUUCAAGGACAAGGUACAGGCCCUCAGGGAGAGGUGAACAGUGGACAGGCUCAAGGACAAGCAUCCGGCAAUUCUAGUGUACUUCAGGAAAGACUCUACAAUGCAGCUGUUUCUGCUGCCGCGCAGUACCAAUCUUCAUUUGUGUAUCCAACAAUGAGAGCUGAUAAUACCAAUUGGUACCCAGCAUAUGUUGCAUUUGUUCCACAAGCAUAUGUGGCUGCUAUGACUGGAGCUAGCUCAACUGUACAAAGGUCAGGUGGUAUAGAGUCGGGAGGGCCUGUUGGAACUACGGGAGCUGCAGCUGGCUCAUUGUCCGGUGGGACUCCAUCACAGGUCUCACAUAGGUGGAAUCAGAUGAGAAAUGGAGCAUCAUCGUCAACAGCUGAAAGUGCUGCUGCAUCUUGGCAAUAUUGGCCUGCAUAUGGGUACAUGCCUCCAACUGGACGAGCAGUGAAUACCACUGAUUUACCAGGUUCAAGUCAAGGAGCUCAGGUUCCAGGUAUCAGGGAGUCCAGUGGUCAUGGAAUGAAGGCGAAUAAUGUAAGAUCCUUACCAUCAGUGGUGAAUUCACCAACAGGACUACGGCUGCAGGAGGCUCAGUUGAAACAGUGGAAAGAGCAUUUUGAGAAACAACUCGAGUUGAAUAAAGAGUUGCAAAAUGAACUCAGCUCCAUCCGACAAGAAACGACGACAAGCUCUUCGGUUGGAAAUUUUCGAGGGAAGUCCGUAGAGGACAUUUAGCUUGGGCUUAUGAUAGUGGUGGGAAACUAGUGAAACUGCCCACUAGACUGAGCUUUGCUUCAAGGUUGUCAUUUGCCCAGCCCUGCACUAUGUCCAGUGGCUCGGGUCAAAAGAGAUGGGUUGAACAGCGCUGCGUGAGAUGCUUUUUUGAAAACUGACAUCGGAUAACAUUUAGAUCCCAACACAAGACAAGAGAGCGUGGUGACAUUCUGAGGUUGGUGGAAGCUGGUGAGGUAGAUAUGUCAAGAUGUCUUGUCAUACAGAGGUGUGGAAGUCUUGUGUUUUGUCUCAACUUGGCCACUGCAGAUGAUAGAAGUCUAUAUGUGACUAGCUUCUACAGUUUGAUAAGAACGGAAUGUUGUGCCAGGUAUUUUCAGACCCUACAUUUCUUGUCUACUUGUAUAAACGGGUUCAAAGGGUUUUCUCAACGUGAAUAUCAAUGUCUUCUCUGAAGACAUUGUAAUGUAGGCCUAUUGCCUGCUCAUGAACAUUCCCUGUAUCAAUAAAAUCAUGCAAGAAGAAUCCCCUCCUUUAGGUAGAGGAAUUAGCCUGUUCUUAGCUUAACAGAUCCAUAGCAUUUCUAGUUUCCUUGAUUGCCUGUUGUGAGAUUAAUCAUAAUCGCGGAUUGAUGGUCCUUGCCUGUAUUCGAUUUGACCAUAUUACCCUUGUAUAUCGAUUCAUUAGGGCUACACUCAGAGCAUGGCCUGAUCAUCAUUGACUCGUCUAGGUCUUUCAAGUGGAA